AUGUCCGCCCCAUCGGAAUGGACGUCCGCCUUGAAGGCAUUCCCGACCUCGGGGCUAACUCUGGUCGAUCCAUCCACGGAGAUUGAGGAAGAAACCCUGCCAACCUAUCAGCCGGGGAAAUACUACCCCGUGCUCCAAGGCGACGUCCUCCACAACAGGUACCAAGCCUGGGACAUCGUGUCCCCUCGGACCCUCUUCAGCGGUAAGAACCCGGAUGGCGUCUUCGAUGAUCGGGUUCACCUCGCGGAGAUGGUCGCGCUGUUGGGCCCUCCGCCCGCGACAUUCCGCGAGCGGAGCAAAUUAAGCGCCGUCUUUUGGGACGAACAGGGUAACUGGAAGGAAUUGGCGCCACUGCCCGACAUCUCCCUCGAAAGCCUGGCGGGUGACAUCAGGGGGAAGGACAAAGAAGGGUUUCUGCGGUGGCUGCGAGCAGCCUUGCAGUGGAAUGCCGAGGAUCGACCUUCCGCCGUGGAUCUGUUGUUCGAUGCGUGGAUGAUGGAGGGCCUCGGCAUGCAGAAACAAGGAUAA